AUGACUUUCGGAAUCUCGCCGUUCGUACAUCCUACCUAUAGAAUAGCGCAUGGAAUUGUAGGCACGAGAUUCGAUGGUGGUUUCGUCCUUGGUGGAAAGGACGGCGUCGGGAUAGGUCUAGAAGGUGCACUCAGCGACGAAGUCAGACAAUGGAGAGUGAAACGCGUACGCGAGGUCCUUAAUGGCCUCGGUCCGACUUCCUGGGAGACAGAAACUACCAGUUUCGCCACUGGCGACGAGCCGAACACACAGCAGCAGUCAAAGCGCUCGCCUGGGAUCCACACGUGAGCGGGGUGCUUGCGACUGGAGGAGGGAUGCACGAUAAACAUAUUCGCUAA